GUCUGUGGUGUCUACUAUCUAUUCUCUUAUUUUCUUUUCUUCGGCCUUCGCUAAUCGCAGUUGCUAUUGCUAUUGAUUUUUGUUAAACUAUCCAAAAUUUUUAAAUUACAUUUCUAAAAUGCCGAAAAAUAAAAAAAGGGAAUCAUCCAGCAGCAGUGAUGAAGGUCCAGUCGAUCGCAACCCACCAGCAGAAAAAAAAGCCAAAAUGGGUUCAAGAACUGAUGCCAAAGAACCUACCUGGGUGCUCCAAGGAAAUAAGCAAGUGAAGAUUAGGCAGUUUAAAGGAAAAGUAUAUAUAGAUAUAAGAGAAUUUUAUGAGAAGGGUGGUGAAUUGCUACCAGGCAAAAAGGGAAUUAGCCUUACACCAGAACUGUGGAGAAAAUUGUUGUCAUUGGGAGAUGAAAUAAAUGAAGCUAUAACUUCAGUAUGUUAACUUCACCUGAAAAUUGUUAAAAACUAAAAUUUUUUUGCUAACUUAUAAAUUUUAAUAAACAUGUUUCUCAAAUAAAAA